UGUAAGGUAUACAACGGUCACACUGUUGUUGACCGAAACCAAAACAUUGAGUUUAUUACAUGUUUUAGUUUAUUUAGUAACAAAAAAAGAAUACAUUAUCACAACUAAUAGUGACUAUGUCAGAUUACGACCAUGCGCGUAUAAAAAAACUAGUUUUAAAGGGUGAAAAACAUAAAAAAAGCAAAAAGCGCAAGAAGGAGAAGGAUGAGGCUGGUUCUUCAAAGAAGCCUAAGGUGGUUGUGGACGAAGAUGCAGUGGAGCACGGUGGCUGGUGGACAGCGAAGACAGCUGGUGACAUUACCGGUACAGUGUCGAUUGAGUUUGGCGAUCGCUGCUACCUGAAAGCCAUGGAUAAUGGUCUUUUCACAUUGGGAGCACCCCAUAACGCCGGCGAUGGUCCGGAUCCUGAGGAGAUUUUCACUGCUUUUCCCAUCAACGAUCGGAAGGUAGCCUUUAAGUCCGGCUAUGGAAAGUAUUUGAAAAUUGAAAAAGAUGGCAUGGUUACUGGCCGAUCUGAAGCUGUCGGUAGUAUGGAACAGUGGGAGCCUGUUUUUGAGGAAAGACGAAUGGCCCUGCUAUCAGAGACCGGACACUUUAUGUCCAUAGAUCCCGAAGACGAUGCCUGUGUGGCGUUACGGAAGAAGGUUGGGCAACAUGAAAUCUGUAAAGUGCGGAGUAACGCCACCAGAGAUGUGGUCGUUGAUACAGAGCCCAAGGAAGAAAAAGGAGAUUUGGGAGAAGUUGAAAAGAAUUAUGUAAAAAAGUUUCAAAAGUUCCAAGACAAGAAGAUGCGGAUUAAUCAAAAUGAUGUAAAAGAACUCAAAGAUGCCAAGGCUCAGGGAUCCCUGCAUGAAACGCUAUUAGACAGACGCAGUAAAAUGAAGGCCGAUCGGUAUUGCAAGUAACUGAAUUCGAUUUUGUCUUCGUUAAUUAAAGAUUUUUUAUAAACGA